GCCAAGCAAACCUAAACCCGGGGCAUUCUAGGGUUUGAGCGUGUGGCGCGUGGCUCGUGGAAUCGAUCGGCCGGUGGAUUGAUUUGGCGCUACAUUUCCCGGAUUCUGAUCGCGAGCAGCGGUAUUUUGGGUAGAGUAUGAUCCAUCGGCCUCGCGCAGAGGAUGAACAGGCUAUUCUCCGGGGCUGCCCGAGCUGCCUGUGAGAGAAGAGCUUGCCACAGAACUUGGUCCAAUUCCAGUUUUUCUCGGAUUGGAUAUGGACACCAUCACUAUGGAACUCUUUCGCAAGAAGCAGCUGCCAGUCCUCUCCAGGUACUCUCGAGGAAUCUGGCUAGACACGGCGGGAAUAGGAUAGUCUUUGGUUUCUCUAGAACAGGAGUAGAAUUCAAGGAUGGCUGGAAGAAGAAAGGGACUGGCUUUGCCGGGUGGAAGCUCGGGAGAGGCACAGGGAGAGCCUGGAAGAAUUCUUGGCUGGGAAGAUGCUACUACCAUCAUCCACUAUGGAAAGUCGUGGGGACGAUGAGCUUGGCAGUCGUUCGCUCGCAGUUUAGUCCCAGGAUCGCAGCUUUUCUGGUCGGCGAAGCUACGCUCAUGCGCAGGCUGGUGGCCGAGUCCGAGGCUCCGACGUGUGUUCCUCUCUCGUACCACUCCGAUAUCCAGCCUAGUUACGUGCUGUGGAUCUUUUCGUCGCUGGUGGAAGGAAUGAUGCUGCUGCUUCGAGCGCUGUACUUGGUGGUGGUUUUCGCUCCAGCGCUCGCUGUAGCUCCAUUUGCCGACCCGUCAGACGCCAAGCUGCGGCUUUUCUGGCUGGAGCUUUUUCACAGCAGUCUGGAGCGAGCAGGGGCCGCUUUUAUCAAGUGGGGGCAGUGGGCAGCCACAAGGCCGGACCUUUUUCCCAAGGACGUGUGCGAGACGCUGUCCAAGCUCCACUCGAAAGCUCCGGCGCACAGCUUCUCGCAGACCCGGAAAACUGUGGAGGGCGCUUUCGGGAAGAGGAUCGAGGAGCUGUUUGAGGACUUUGAGGAGGAGCCGCUGGCGUCCGGGAGUGUUGCUCAGGUCCACCGCGCGGUUUUGAGGGGCCAGGGGAAGAAGCCGGUGACGGUAGCUGUCAAAGUCCGGCAUCCGGGAGUCACAGAAGUGAUAAGGCGUGAUUUCAUUCUCAUCAACUGGGUGGUGAAAGCGUGCAAUCACUUCUCCGGCUUACGGUAUCUGAGGCUGGAGGACAGCGUGCAGCAGUUCGCCGUGUUCAUGCUGACGCAGGUCGAUCUCGCGAGAGAAGCUGCGCAUUUGAGCCGCUUUCUCUACAACUUUCGGAGCUGGAAGGACGUAUCUUUUCCCAAGCCGCUGUAUCCCCUCGUCCACCCGGCCGUGCUCGUGGAGACGUAUGAGCGCGGGGAGAGCGUAUCGCGCUUUGUGGAUUCUCCCAAGAGAUCCCACAUCAACAGCGCGUUGGCACACAUUGGCACGCACACGCUGCUCAAGAUGCUGCUGGUGGACAACUUCAUCCAUGCAGACUUGCAUCCUGGCAACAUCCUGGUGCGAAUGGAGCGAUUUAAUCCCGUGCCUGGCAAGGGACUGUUUCGAUCGCAUCCGCAUCUAGUUUUUCUGGACGUCGGCAUGACAGCAGAGCUCUCGAAUAAGGACCGGCGCACGCUCCUCGAGUUUUUCAAGGGGAUCGCAAUGCGAGACGGCCGCAAGACUGCGGAGUGCGCUCUCCAGUUCUCGGAGCUGCAAACUUGCCCCGAUCCAAAAGGUUUUGUCAGAGAAGUCGAGGACUGUUUCAAAGACUGGAAUGCGAUGGAUUCUGCUGUACUGCACACGGGCGACUGCAUACAAGAGCUCUUGGAGCGCGUACGCAGGCACAAAGUAAACAUCGAUGGCGAUGUUUGCACUGUGAUAGUGACGACACUCGUUCUAGAGGGAUGGCAGCGAAAGCUAGACCCCGAGUAUAACAUCAUGGAAACUCUUCAAAGCCUGGUUUUGCAGAGUAAUAUGGCGACCUCGCUCUCGUAUACGAUAGACUCGAUCAUGGCGCCGUGAGAACACAAGUUUUUCGAGGUUGGGUCUCGUCCAAGUAAGAAAGUAUAUACGUAGCUAUAGUUUUUUUGCCAGUGAUUAGCAGUGUACAUAAAGAGCAAAGAAAAUAAUGGAUAGUUCUUCCUCGA